GAAGAGGGCUGCCGCCUGAUUUCACUCCCGGGUAAAUGUUUGACUGCAUGUUUGCCUCUUCUCUGAGUAUUGGGUCUACGGAUCGAACUGAGGAGAGAACACGAGCUCAUGAGAAGCCAUCGUAAGCAGGAGCCUGAGACACAGAGAGGCACCCAGGACAUCAGCUUCCACCACCCACCGUAGCCCUUCUUCAGCAAGAUGCUUGCAGCCAGCACGAGGACCAGGCAGCUGAAUGUCACCUGUGACUACUCUGUAGACGGGGAGGUCUUCCUCCAUUACUCCCUCAUCCCAUCACUCAUCAUCAUUUUGAUCUUGUCUUUCCUACAAAGACGAGAGCAUCGAAGACAAAGGGAUAACACCUCUUACCUCCUGGGGCACCAUUUUGGAAUUAUCAUGCCUCUGGACUUUGUGGGGACUUUCAGUAACCGGUGGUCCUAUGGAGUUGCCUUUGGGGCCACAGCCAAUAAGGUCAUGUUCUUGUUCUCAGAAGGCUACCAGCCCCUGAAAUUUCCCCAGUGGGCCCAAGCCUUUGUGCUUUUCAUCGGAGGCAUGGAAGUCGGCCUGUCCUACUUCCCCUUCUUUGCCUGCCUGUCCUCAGAGUUCCGGUUGGUCAGCUCCAUCCUGGGCUUUGGCUACUCCCUGACUUGGUUUGUGAUUACAGUUCUUCAGAUCUCACAGUGCCCCCACGGGCAGUUUCUGGGGAGGUUCGAGACCCUCAUUUUCUACUGGCCCUCACUGUUGUGCCUGGGUUUCCUGCUGGGUCGUUUCCUGUACAUGUUCCUUAAGGCUCUGCCAAUCCACCUGGGCCUGGAGCUGCAGGCAGAAGAAAAGCCAGAAAAGUCGGUGCUAGAGGUUCACCAGGCAGAACACGUGAAGCUGCUCUUGAGCAAGCCCCGCCCACAAGAAAGAGAGAAGUCUUGGUUUCAAACCAGAGUGUAUGAGUGGGACCCUUGCUUCCAGUUCCCCAGCAGGAUGAUCGGGACCUCUGUGCUGGCAUUCAUCUGUCUGUACCUUUUCAUCGUCAUUGAAUUCUGUGUGUUUCUGCAUGUGAGAGACAAGCUGGAUGUGUUUGAAGACAAGCUGCAGAGCUACCUCAUCCACAUGAAUGAGACGGGGCCCUUGACCCCAGUUAUCCUACAGGUGAAGGAACUGAUCAGCGUCGCUAAAGGAGCCUGGGUGGUGACCAUUGUUCCUGCCUCCCUCACGUGUGUCAGCUAUCUCUUCCACAUUUUGGUCUGCUACAGAAAGCACAUGAAGAGGCUGUGGGCUGGAGACAAACAGUUCCUCCCCCAGAAGUUCCGCAGUCCCUCCUCAGAGGCGAGCAUGGUGGCCAUUGCAAGGUACUCUGGCUGGCAAAUAGCCUACAUCCUUUGGGGCUACCUCAUCGUCCAUGUGGUACAGAGCCUCUGUGGUGUGAUGCUCAUGCAUGGCCUGGUGCUGCCCAUCGUCCACCACCAAGGCCUGGAGAUGCUGCAAGGGCUGGGCCUUGGGGUCCUCACCCUUUCCAUUGUUGUGGGCCUCAUGAUCCUGCAGGUGUGGAUUGCUGGCAGAUUCUUCCUUCAGCCCAAACUGGGCACAGCUGACAAGCAGAAACCCCUGGCUCUCAACAACAGGAAAGCAUUCCACAACUUCAACUACUUCCUGUUUUUCUACAACGUGCUGCUGGGUCUGGGUGCCUGCCUCUCCAGGCUGCUCAUCAGCUGCCUCCUGGGCACGUGGCUGAUUGCACGCAUUGACAGAACCAUCAUGCAGAGCGGCUAUGAGGGUGCAGACAUGGGCUUCUGUGCAUGGGUUGGUAUGCUCUUUGUGGACCAUUAUCACACCAACCCUGUGCUGGUCAGCUUUUGCCACAUUCUGAUCACAAGUCACAGGGAUCGGAAGCUGCAGAAGACUGUGAAGUACUGGUGCCUGAACCAAUCGGCGGGUCCCCGAUUCUCAGCCAGGGCCAGAACGAAGUGGUUCCUGCUGCAGACAUUGAUCAACAAUCCGAAACUCAUUAUGCUUAGAAAAUCAAAGUCAGGUCAUGGUUCCCAAGAGUUCAUGCAGAUUCUGCUGACCUGCUCAGAUUGCUGAUGGGACCACCAACUUCUGCUCCAAAGCCAGGCCAUCUGCUCUCAAGAGAGGUUCAGUUUAACCAGCAGCCGCUCCCUACAAUGGGACAGGAUGACACAGGCACUGUUCAUGCACAGGAUAGACAGCCCUGGCCACUUGCAGGUCGCCCAUCUAGACUGAGGCUUUAAAUCCAGGACUGUCUCAAUCCCUUGACAAAAAAGAAAAACAAUAUAAAAAGCAAUGCCUGUGGAACAAAUUUUGCCCCUCAGUGACCUCCACUAUUUUCCGGUAGGCAGUCUUGGGGGUCACCUAUUAAGAAGCAUGAGAUAGGGGCUGGAUAGAGGAGAUGGCUCGGGUUAAGUGCAUUCUCUUGCACGUGUAGAGGACUCACACUCGUUUUCCAGCCGACAUAUUGGGCAGCUCACACACGUGUCUGCAACUCCAGCUGCAAGGGAUCUGACCCUCUUCUGGCCUCUUCAGGCACCUGUACAAAUGUGCCAGACACAUAUACACACAAGUAAAACUAAUAAUAAACAUGAAUCUUUAAGACAAUUUUUUAAAAGAAGUAUGAAGUGGACUUUCUACCCCAUGGCCUACGGGGGAUGGAAUCCGAGCUGAUUGGGGCCUUCCUCCUAAAGCAGGAGGACAUUUGAUGAUGGUGUCUGUGUCACAUGUUGGGUUCAGUGCCAAAAGGUGGUGAAGCUCAUUCAAAAAGACACAAGUGUCAGGCUGGGGUGUGUGUAGACACUGUCCUUAUGCAGAGCCCAGCACUACCCAAUUGUCAUGCCCCAGAGUGGCCCAGGGCAGAAUCAGUGUGACCGCUGAGAGUCCCCUAUGAGCCUAGGCAAGUGCCGUGAGGACUCAAAGUUUCAGAGUGCUUGCACCUGGUUGUUAUGUGCACUUGGUCCUGCUGGUCCUUGUGCCAGCUGAAGCUCUACAACAGCUCUUUAACAAUUUGCUUCUAGAAGCAGAGAUAAUGGAAAUCUCUCUGUCUCUCUGUCUCUCUCUCUUACACACACAUACAUACACACACCCCACUUUCUAGCCCUGUGGCCAAAUUAGUUUGUGUUUCUUUAUUCACAGAUAUCUGUAUUUGCAAAAGGGGCCAACACCCCAACUCCAGGUGUCAGCUUGAGAACAAAGGUAUUCAAAGCACACAGAUAUCUUUAAGCUUGUACCCAACACUCUAGUCUCUGAAAGGAAGAGAUCCAACUUUGGUUGUCUCUGUGGCUUGAGUGCGUAUCUCCCAAAGGCCCAGGUUAAGAUCCUGAACUGUUAAGACCUUGGUCCCUGGGACAGCACCAUGCAGAGGUAUGGGACCUGUAGAGGAGUGGUGCCUACUAGGAGGUCCUCAAGUCACUGGAUGAGAUCUCAGGACUCUGGUCUCUUUGUUUCUUAGCUAAUUGGAUGAGGAUUUUUUGCUCACUAGACAUUCCUACCAUGAAUAGCAUGAUGCCUCAUUCGAAGCCAAAAUGAGUGGGCCUCCAAAAACAUGAGCCCAAAUAAACUUUUUCUCUCCAUACAUUCACUAUCUCGGGCAUUUUGUUGCAGUAACAGGGAGCUAAUACAGAUCUCAUGUCAUUGAAAGAUCCAAGUGUGUGAGUGUGUGUGUGUUUGUCUGUCUGUGUUCUAUAUAACUCAUCAGGAAAAUGUAAAUUAAAACCAUGAUUCUAUGCCACCACAGAAUGGCUAGGAUAAAAUCCAGUGACUAUCAAAUGCUGGGGAGGCUACAGACCACUAGGCACACACUGUGGUGUGUGUGAACUGUUACCACUUUCAGAACCUUUGGUAGCAUCUCCUAAAUUGGACACCACACACUGGCACAGCAAUUGUAGAAUUAAUUACAGGCCAAGUAGAAAUGGCUGUGUGUGCUCACCAUACACAAGAAUGAUUAGAACAGCAAUCUGGGUACAUUCCCGGGUUGUAGAGGAUGGAAGAAGCCCUGAGGAAGUGAAGUCCUGAGUGAAUGUGUUGACACAGAGCCCAUCGCCUCACAUUCAGAGGGCUGAGACAGCUUAUGUAGAAAAUAUCCACCAUGGCCUUCUCCAUCCAGGUAUUUACGGCCUGAAGUCUGCUCCGCUUCAGAGGCUGUUCCUACCCGGGUUAGCCAAACCUGCCUCCUUGGUACUGGAAACACUGCUUCUUCUUUGUCCCUCUGCAUUCAUAACCCCUCCUCUCUGCUCGACUCUGUGUAACAAACGAGCCAAGCUUCUGAGGCUCUGCGGUUUCUCCCUCUGAGAGCCCAGACUACCACACGGCUGGCAUUCUGUCCAUGUGCUAGGCUGGCUAUCGUUGUUUUCAUUCUCUCAUGUUUCCCAGUCAGGUCAAGUCCCUGGGGCCAAGCAUGGACAGGGCUCCAAACUGAAAUGAAAAACAGUUACUAUGCAUUGAAAGUGUAACAUAAAUAAAAUGGACUGUAUUUCUAAUAAUAGAACACUAUCAGAAAUAAAUAAUAAGCAUAUCCUUUUCAUAGUAAGUGAGGAAGGUUUUUAUCUUUAAACAUACUUCAGUUUAUUCUUUGACCAUUUCAUAUAUGUAUAUCUAUGUGUCUUGAUUGUGCAUGUAUGUCUGUAUGUGUCUUUUCCACCCACCCCCACUCCCUCUUCCCUUUUCUCCCAGACACUCGCCCAACACAUUUUCCCUCCUACCUUCAUGCCCAUUCCUGUCUGCAUUCUGUCACUGUGAUAAAACAUUCUGAUCAAAGGCUACAUAAGAAGGAAGAGGUUUAUAUCCAUUUACAUUUCCAGGUCAAAGUAUAUAACUGUGGGAAGUCAGGAUAGAAACUCAAGCGGGACAGGAACCCAAAGGCAGAAACUGAAGCGGAGUCCAUAGAGGAACAUGGCUUACUGGCUUGCUCCUUCUGCCUCAUGCUCAACCUGAUUUUCUAUAAUACCUGGGACCACCUGCCCAGGGUGGCACUGCCCACAGUGGGCUGGGAACAUCACUCAUCAGCGCCUCAUACGCAUAGACACAGGUCACUAUGAUUUGGGCAAUCCCCCGAUGGAGUUUUCCUCUUCCCAGGACUCUAAAUUGUGUCAAGUUGGCAAUAAAAACUAAUCAGCCCAA